AAAUGUGUUGUCUGCUUGUUUACAAAAUAAUGGCAACACAUUUUUAAAUAUCGUGGAUGAACCAGGAUAAACCACGUGAAACAGAAAAUGGCAGACACCGUUAUGAAGGCCUUAAUGCUGGACAAAACUCCGAUAGACGGGAAAUCCGUUCUAAUUGUUCAGCAUAGUGAUGGAUCGCCAUUCCUCCAUUCGUUGUUAACCCAAAGUGCCCGACAAGGUCGAAGAAUUUGUCUAGUUUCAUUUAGUCAAUCAGUUGGCUACUACCACAAUGUUGGAACCCGUCUUGGAUGGAACCUGAACAACUUACUGAUUAAAAAUCAGGUGGUUUUUAUCGGUGGACUGCACACCCUUAAGGAUUCACUCCAAUUCCAGUGCCCUUCAAAUCCUUUCAAUUUUUUGUUUAACCCUGCCCUAUGUCCGCUUCAGGCUCUGUUUUUGUCUAUUGAAAGUGUUGUCCAUGGUUGGACUGAGCAGCCAUUUUCUCUGGUAAUUGAUGAGCUUGACUGCCUCCUCAACUUAGGUAUAGAACCUAAAGAAGUAAUCAAAUUCUUUCAAAAGUGUCAUUCUCUUAUCCAAACAUAUUCCAGUGGUUCCCUAGUAGUGUCAAUAGGUGUUACACCCCUUGACAAAGAAAUUAUUCAGUGUAGCACAUUGCUGUCACACUGGUCAGAUUUGAUUCUCACCGAAAAAGGACUCCAGACUGGAAAGUCACGGGACUUGACUGGUACACUCACUGUAAAAUGGAAUGUUUCCCCAUUAUCUGAGCAGCACUUUCAUUUCAAAUGUUUUGAUCGUGGAAUUAAAAUGUUUGCCCCAGGCACAGCUGUACUGUGACAAUACCUUGUAAUAGAAUAAAAUACUUUCAACAUCA